AUCAUCCAAUCCCCCAACCAAACAUCUCUCUAAUGCAUCCUCCACCUUCUUACUCGCAAUCUCUUCCCGUGGCCGAGUCCGGGAGCAAGAACCCCAAACCCCGCGCGACCGCCGACGAGGAUGACCCGGACCUGCCCCCACGGGAGGCGCCCCCCGGGAUAUCUGGAUUGCUGCACGAAUGGAAUCGCGCGGGGGCGGCGGAGCGCCUCCCUGAAAUCCGCGCCAACCUUCUCCUCCUGCCCCCGCCCGCGGCCCCGUCCCGGCCCCGUCCGCCGCGGGUCUCCGCGCACUCGGCCUCCUCAGCUUCGUCCACCUCGACCUCUCCUCGCCCCCUUCCCCCGGCGCCCCGCGCCGCGACCUCGUCGCCGCGCUCAUCGCCAAUUAUCACCUUCGCCGACGCGCUCGCCCUCCCGGCCCCGCGAAGUACCGCGCCGGUCGAUCGGGACCCCCCGGCCGGCGUCGACCCCGCUGCCGUGGCCUCCGCCGCGACGGAGUUCAUGAAAGCGUACAUCUUGACGCCGUUAGCGGCCACCAACGGCGGGAAGCUGCCCAUCUAUGUCGAGUCGGCGGCGCAGAGGGUGAAGGAUGGGAUGGCGCAUACUGUCGACUGGACAUUUUUACUCUGGCGCCUUGUAGUGGAGGAGAUGUUCGAGCUGAGGAAGGGGAUGAGAAGCGAUUGGGCGUGUUACUACGGCGCAUACCUGCAGAGGCUCAUCUGGGUGAAGAGGCCGGACCUGUUCUUGCCACCACCGGUGGCGCCACCGGAGCAAGCUGCAUUGGCGGCAGGAAACAACCACCGGCCAAAAGCCGACGACAAUCAGAAGCUCUGUUCAGAGCUGGAGUCCAAGAUGCAGGAGUGUGAAGCGAAAUCACAGCGGUUUGAAGCGGAGGUUGAGGCGAAAUCAAGGCAACUUGAUGCUCUAGCUGCGCAGUAUCACCACGAAAUGAGGAACCUCGAGCAAGAUAAGAAAAGGCAACUUGACGCUCUAGCUGCACGGCAUCACUACGACAUGAGGAACCUCGAGCAAGAUAAGAAAAUGUUGCAGGAUGAGGUACACACUGUCAAGCUGCUGAAUCAGGCUCUGGUUUGCAAGGAAACAGAGAGCAGGGAUGAAGUGCAGCGGGUUCUGAAAGAGCUGACUCAUGUGAGCAAGCAGCUAGCAGAGCUGAAGGAUGAGAUGCACACGGUGGAGUCACUUAACCAGGCUCUGGUUAACAAGGAAGCGAAAAGCGACGAUGAACUUCGACGAGGACAGGAGGAGAUGACAGAUGUGAGAAAGCAACUAGCACAUUUACAGGAGGAGAUGCGCGCCAUUGACUUGCUCAACCAGGCCCUGGCUAGUGCCAAGGAAGCGAAAGACGAUGAAUUGGAGAGGGUUCGGAACGAGCUAGUCCAUGUAAGGAAGCAAGCAGGGCAUUUGGAAGAGGAGAUGAACAUACUGGAUUCAAUCAACAAGGCUCUAGUUGCCAAGGAAAGGGAAAACAGUGCCGAGUUGCAAGACAUCCGGAAAAAGAUGAAAGAUCUAAAUGAUGAGCGUGAAGGGCUAGAGUCAGACAACAAAGUCCUGACAACCAUGGAAAUAAGAAGCAACAACGAGUUGCAAGUCGUCCGGAAAACACUGAUAGAUGGCUUGCAGAAUUUUACGAAUGGACAUGCACACAUAGGUGUCAAAAGGAUGGGCGAUCUUGACCUCAAAGAAUUUGCAAAAGCUUGCAAGCAGGAUUUAUUACAAGAGGAUGCACGAGUUGAUUCCUCUGUUCUUUGUUCGAAAUGGGAAGCUCGAAUUGCAGAUCCAAACUGGCACCCUUUUGAGGUCCGCAUGAAUGAUGAUGGUAAAGAGAAGGAAAUUCUGCUAAAGGAUAAUGCUAAUCUUCAGGAGUUAGAAGAGCACGGUGAAGAAAUAUACACUUUGGUGACAAAGGCGCUGUUUGAAAUCAACGAGUACAACCCCAGUGGCCGCUAUCCUGUACCAGAGCUAUGGAACUACAAGGAUGGCCGGAAAGCAACACCGGAAGAGGCCAUCAAGUAUAUCCUGAAAUCACGCAAGAGGAGGCGGUGAGCCCAUGUACCUGCAGGCUCCAUGUGCUCCCUUGGCUUUCAUAGAGCUAGUACUUACACCUUGAACUAGACAUAAUGUGAUUUAGUGUCGGUAGAUUAGUUGGGUCUUCGUAGUGCUUCACUUGUUCUUACAGAUCAUGCAACCAGAUUAAUCGUGAUCGCCUUUUGGUUGAUAAGGUUUACCAGUUUAGUAGUUUAGUUAGAUUCUCCUAUUGUACCAUUUACAUGGAUACUGGUACUAAUCUCAGACUGCAGACUACCGCUUCUAUCUUUGUAUAUGUGCAGUUCCUGCCCUUGGAAAUCUUGUAUAAAGGGGUACUUAAACUUUAAUCGUAGGCAUGUACGUAC